ACCCACGCCGCUCCACACCCAUCCUUCUCACUGCUGCCUGCGACUGCGAGCAAGAGAGAGAGGGGCGAAGCGGCUCUCGUCUCGCUCGCCCUCCUUCCGCCCCCUCCACACAACCACUCGGAUCCGAAAUUCUCAACCCCGCUCCCGCCCCUGCUCCACUCGUCGUCGUCCGCGGCACGACGACCCCAGCGCCAGCGCCCGGGGGCCAGCGGCCCGGAGCGGGGGAGAGGCGGGAGGGGGGAUGGACCCGGAGAAGCGCGGCUACAAGUUCCAGGAGUUUGUUGCGCACGAUGCUGAAGUGAGGUCCUUGGCCAUCGGCAAGAAGUCGAGCCGUGUGUUCAUUACAGGUGGCAGUGACCGCAACGUCAACCUGUGGGCAAUUGGCAAGCAGACUCCUCUCCUGAGCUUGUCAGGCCACACAAGCUCGGUUGAGGCUGUAGAGUUUGAUACAGCAGAGGUGCUUGUGCUUGCUGGCUCAUCAAACGGCUCCAUCAAGCUCUGGGACUUGGAAGAAGCUAAAGUUGUGCGGUCUCUCACUGGGCAUAGAUCGAGUUGCACUGCUGUUGAAUUCCAUCCAUUCGGCGAAUUUUUUGCAUCUGGUUCUUCAGAUACAGAUCUUAAGAUCUGGGAUAUAAAGAAAAAAGGAUGCCUUCAUACAUAUAAGGGUCACAGAGGAGCAAUUAAAUCAAUCCGAUUUACACCUGAUGGGCGAUGGAUCGUCACCGGUGGAGAAGAUAACAUUGUGAAGGUGUGGGAUCUGACAGCUGGAAAGCUCUUACAUGAUUUCAAGUUCCACAGUGGACAAAUCCGAUGCAUUGAUUUUCAUCCUCAAGAAUUUUUGCUUGCAACAGGCUCAGCUGAUCGAACUGUGAAGUUUUGGGAUCUUGAAACUUUUGAAUUGAUAGGUUCUGCUGGACCCGAGGAUACUGGUGUACGUUCUAUGGUCUUCCACCCAGAUGGGAAAACCCUUUUCUGCGGAUUGGACCAAAGCUUAAAGGUAUUCUCUUGGGAACCAGUAAGAUGUCAUGAUGCUGUUGACAUGAGAUGGAACAAUUUAGCUGACCUUAGUAUUUACGAAGGAAAACUGUUGGGAUGCUCGUACCAUGAACGCCGUGUUGGUGUUUGGGUUGCUGAUAUAUCACUCAUUGAACCCUAUGCUCUUGGUGUUUUGCCGGAGGCAAAUUUUUUUGCUGAGCUUGUGGAUUCCGUAGAUGAUAAUCCUGUGAAACCGAAUGGUAACGCUGCAAAGCCCAUUCGUGCUGUAGCAACAUCACAUCCAAAAAACAUGUACAAAGUCCAGGAGUCAGGAAUUGCACCAGCUGAAAGCAGAGUUCGGGCCUUACAUUUAACUCCAGGAAGUACAGACAAAAUAAAGAAAGAUAGGAGCAGCAGCAUUCCUCGAAGACCUGAUUCAUCUGUCAAACCAUCUACUCCAAUACGAUGUAUGAAGCCGGUUGAUAGUCCUUCCACCAAUUUAAAAACAGCAGAACGCAGUUUCGGACAGCGGGACAUCCAAUUAUUAUCUCGUACAGGGAUGGCUAUUAAUUCUUCAACCACUAAAAAAACUCAGCCUUCAGAGUCGGUAGCUGUAAAAGAUAUUUACACUACAUCACAGGCUGUUUCUGUGCCUGUUGUUGUUCCUAGAGACAUUUUGGAGGACAAAGCAGCAGGCAGUAUUAAUAGAGGAAUUGGAGGCAGAACUGCAGUCCCAGAUGAUUUUUAUAGUACAGUGCACUUGAGAAAACGUUUACCUAGUGGCGGUACUAGUGAUAGUGUCAGCUCAGUAAAAUCCAUGCUUGCUGAGCCUGAUGUUUGCUCGGAGGGUUUGUCUGGGUUAAAGUUCUCCUUUGGACUAACUCUAAAUGACAAGAAAGAAGAAUCUGAGGGUACUGAUAAAAGAGAAAUUAGACAAAUAGCAGAAAAGAUGGACAGAAUAGUAUCAUUUGAGCAUCCGGUGCAGUCAAAUGAUGACAAGUCAGCAUAUGAAUCACCGUGCUCGACGACAGGAACAGCCAGGGUCAAAUAUGUUAGAGGAGUCGCUGUGCCGUUAGGAAAAACUAAGUCUCUUGUUGAGAGAUUUGAAAAGAGAGAGAGUUCUACUUCUAGCAUUGAUUGUUCAUCGCCAACUGGCAUUUGUGGUGAUCAUACAGUGAAAGCUGAUAGCCCUCCCACCAGUUCGACAGAAGCAAGUCGCACAUAUGAAAGGGACCUGUCAACAGUGGACGAGACGACGACUCCAAUCGAUUUGGUGCGGAACCAUGAUGAAUUUAUAAAUGUUGUAAAAUCUCGGUUGACAAAGCUAGAGAUGAUGCGGCAUGUCUUUAACCUAAAUGGCAUCAAAGGAGCAAUUGCUGCGGUCGCAAAGUUGCCUGAUAUCGCUGUUCAAGCCGAUGUUGUUAGUACUCUCAAGGGAAAACUUGGUCUUUUCAACCUAGAUAUUUUCUCAAGCCUUCUGCCUGUUCUUGCCGGGUUACUGAACAGCAAGACUGAAAGGCACACUAUUGUUGCUUUGGAGAUGUUAUUGGAUCUUAUAAAGAUUUUUGGACCGGUCAUUCAUUCAACAUUGUCAGCUAGUUCACCAGUUGGAGUAGAUCUUCAAGCCGAACAGAGGUUGCAGCGUUGCACCCGGUGUUUUAACCAUUUGCAGAAGAUUGUGCGAGCUCUACAACCGUUGAUGAUGCGGAGCGGCCAGUCGGCGCAACUUGCUCAAGAGCUGAACAUGUCCUUGCAAGACCUGGUGGUCUUCUGAAGCCCAAGUUGACGCCGUCAGAGUAGAUACCAUUCUUUUUGCCACAGGAAAAUGGAAGCGCCAUAUGGUGGCGGGGUAGCCUGUUGUUCGUCGUGGUGGUGUGUAAUUCUUGUCCCGUGUUUGUACAUUUGAGCGAGCGAGAGAGCUUUGGCUGUUCAUCAGUCUGUAAUUAGCCCCCAUUUUACUGCGUGGACAGCCCCGGACCGGACGGACGAGGGAGGUAGUGGAAAUGAAUGAAUGAAUGAAUGGUAAAACCGCCUGCUAGUUUA